AUGUAUAGGCCCUCCGUACGGGCAAGUGCCCGGUGCCUCCUGAUCGCGCUCUUUCUUGUAAUCUUCGCGUGGCAGGCUCCCGUCUCCGCGGUGUCUAAUCGGCGCCAUGGAAUCUCGACAGCGUCGCCUUCUUAUCGCAUUUCGCCCCGCCAGGCGUCUGCAGCGCGCCCUAUGGCGAUGAUAAAGGCCGAAACGCCUCUCGUGAAGCCGGUAUCCGUGGUGGUUCACACGUUUUGGGGUAAGGAGUCGUGCUUCAACACGCAGCUGCGCCUGGACUGCGCUGUUACCGACACGGGUCACUCAAUAAAGCGCGCGGUAUCGGCGCUGACCGGCAUACCGGUAUGCCUGCAGCGUCUAUUUGUGAGUGAGAGCGUGUGGAACCUGGGAACUCGCACCAAGUUCGCCGACAACGACCAGAUAUCGGACUUCCCCGCGCUGCUCAGGCUGCGGCACGACACCAAGCAGCCUGAACUGCACGUAUUGCUGGAGAUCCCAGUUCCGUACAGCCACAAUUUGCGAUCUGACGCGGGCAGCAUCGCGGAGUACGCCGCGGCGCUUAAGCGUUACAGUUCGCUCCUGAGUCGUGUGAAGGCAGCACGCAAGGACCCCAAACUCCUGCUGGACCCGGAGUUGCCACGCGAAGAUCAGGCGCCGGAUACCGAUGCUCGCACCGAAACAUACCCGUCGACUGGUAGAGUUGGUGCUGUGGACGAGGCUACGGUCGGUCGAGUCGUUGAAAGGAACGGAUGCGCCUUGUCACCAGAGGGUGCUGAGCGAGCCAGCAGCAGAGCUGCCGAUGGCCUCAAAGGUUCAUUCGUGACACCUAUCGGCAACGACACCGUUGCACGUGCCGCUGCGGUCUGCCCGGCAACAAACACAAAACGGCCGACUGCGACCGGAUCAGGAGAGGCCGGCACCUUCGUGUCGCCCAACCGCAGAAUGCACCUGCUGUUUUUCCACGACUAUCCCACGCCGCCCGGCGGCGUCGGAGGCCGGCUGCGGCAGUGGUUCCACCAGCAACUGCCGAUCGACUGGGUGACGAACGCGAAGUUCGCCUUGCUGUGCUACCUCACCAGGGCCAGCUGCAACAACGAGCCGUGGGUCAAAAAGGCGCUCCUGUACGCGCCGCCGGUGGGUCUGCUGUGCCAGACGCGGCUAGGGCGGCUGCUGUGCCGCAGCGCCUUCCACAUGCUGCCCAUGGAGAAGCUCCCCAAAGGUUGGUUCGAUUACGUGGCAAUAACAUUAUUCCAGUUGUGA